AUGAAGUACUUAAUCGGUUUAUUUUUCAUCAGUUUACUUGUAUUAGCAAUUUGUGCUGAUAAUUUCGACAGAAAUCCAAUGUUACCUAUAUCAGGUGAUUAUAGCAAUUCAGUAUCAAUUGAAAGUGUUGGAAGUGAUGAACAAAGAUUGAAUGAUGAAGAAAGCGCAGGAACCUACGAAAUAGAUGAUGUUGAUGAUGUUGAUGAUGAUGAAGAAGACAUUGAGGAUGACGAGGAUGAUUAUGAAAAUGACGAUGAUGGCCAGAGUGAUUAUGAAAAUGACGACGAUGUUGAUGAAUUUGAUGACGAUGGCGAUAAAGGUGACAAUGAUAACGAGUCAAUGAAACAUUAUAUCUUUCAAAUUCAAUAA